GGCCCAACAAGACUGCCAUUGAUGUGAGCAACACAAACACGAUGAUGCCAUAUGGCAGCUGACUUGGUGGUUCUAGACCCUUAGAGCCCAGGGCCUCAACACCUUCCGUAUCGGAACGAUGAUGGAGCGUAUCAUUCCCGAUAAGUUGACUGGCACGAUCAACGAGACCUACUUCUCUGGUCUUGAGGAUCUCGUCAAGGACGUCACCUCCAAGGGCUCCUACGCCGUCAUCGACCCCCAUAACUACGGUCGCUACUACGGCAACAUCAUCACCAGCUCCGCCGACUUUGGUGCGUGGUGGAAGACGGUCGCCGCCCGUUUCAAGGACAACGACAAGGUCAUCUUUGACACCAACAACGAGUACCACGACAUGGACAACACGCUUGUCCACGAUCUGAACCAGGCCGCCAUCACCAAUAUCCGAGCGGCGGGCGCCACGAAGCAGAACAUCUUCAUCGAGGGCAACUCGUACUCUGGCGCGUGGCACUGGAUCGAGAGCGGCUCCGGCGACGCCCUCAAGAACCUCACAGACCCGUCCGACUCGACCGGCAAGCUUCUCUUCUACGAGAUGCACCAGUACCUCGACACGGACGGCUCCGGUACCAACGAGGCCUGCGUCAGCAGCACCAUUGGCGCUGAGCGCCUCGCUGUCGCCACGAAGUGGCUCAAGGACAACAACAAGCAGGGUGUUCUCGGCGAGAUUGGCGCCGGUGUCAACACCCAGUGCGAGACUGCUGUCAAGGGUGCCAUCCAGCACCUUGCGGAUAACUCUGAGCAGUGGAGAGGUGUACUCUGGUGGGCAGCCGGACCUUGGUGGGCGGACUACAUGUACUCCAUGGAGCCCACGACUGGAAAGGCGUACGGAACUUACCUCCCGAUCCUCAAGAGCUUCAUUUGAGGCUAUUCCGGACAUCGGGGUGGAUACGUACCUUUUACGGGGUGCAUAUCGACGGAAGUGGAGCAUGCGGCCGGCGCCACGUGAUUUGGACGGCGGCGUUGUUGCCGGAAGACAAAGUUACCUGUCCGUGGACAUGGGUGCUGAAGUCUGACGAAAUUCUCAAUGUAGAUAUUGAUCGUGGGUAUCCUGGCCCCUGGUGUACAUAUCGGGAAUAUGAAAAACCCAGUUUUCAUUCGUGUUUGCUGCAAUUGUAGUGAUACUGGUGUAACUGUAAGCUUGUGACUGGAUUUUACGACAAUAACAACCGACUGAUCAUUGAUACAAUCGGCAGUUACCCUAGGUAAGGUAAUUGUCAUCCCAUGAGGCGAUAGGUGAGUGAUAGCUGAUGCUAGCGUUGGUUGAUUAUCAGCGAUGCAUGACC